UUUCCCUACAUAUACAUACAGCCUCAGGGUUCUCAAGGACACAAACUGUGUACAUUCCAUUGGAGUGAGCUAGGUAGAGAAGUGUACAGAGCCUUCAGAAACCAAAUCUGCAGCCAACAUGGAUGUGGCACCGAGUCCUCCCACACCCAGUCCCUAUACCAAAGAUCAGUGCCUUAAAGAUAAUGCAGAUAGCGUAAAAUUUUUUGUCAUCCUGGCCGUUCUCGCCAUGUUCCUCCUGCACGUACUGGGUUCCUUACGCCGGCGGUCGAGCCACACGCUCCUCCAUUCUAUCGUGAUGGGAGUCUACACGCUCUCCUAUCCGCUGGUGGGCUAUACCGUUGGGCUGAUGAAAUCUUCCAAUUUCUACUACGAAGACUUCACUGUGUGGGCAGUGUUCCUUCUUCUGCUCCUCGGCAGCACGGACAACCUCACGGUUUGCCGCCUUAGCGACAACGACAACUGGAAGAGCAUCCACUUCAAACACAUCCUUAAGGGAUUCUGGCUGGUGCUAAUCAUUAUGACGAUUACAAAUUAUGAGAAUAACAUCUACGGCAACAAACUUCUCUACAGGUAUCCGUUGUAUGCCAUCGUGUUGGUCGUCAUCCUCAAGGGGUAUGUGAGGAUCGCUUCCAUGAGGAUGGUGAGCAAAUCCUAUGUCUGCAAGAAGGUUAAGGUGAUCGCCGAAUAUAUGCAGCAGCAGCACAAGGACAACCUGGCGGUGCCCUUCGAUCCUGUGACCAUGGAAGGCUACCGGUACAUCGUCGCUGGCGAGAAGUACUGCAUCAAGCGGUGGUCUGGUUGCACACCAUGUUACAAGGGGGGCGACUUAAUGGUUAUCACCGUGGAGAAGAUCUGGCAGUGCACAGGGAGGCUGCUGGUCCAUGAGCGGGGCAAGGUGCUCAAGGACUUGUGCCUCUCUGUGGCACUCUCCAAGAUGCUCAACCGAAGGUUUAUUGGCUUCAGACUCUCAGAGGCGGGGCAUGAGAAAGCCCAUGACUUUGUGUUCAAAGGCCUGCUCGCCGGGGACAAGCCACAUCAGAGGGCCUUCAGGGUCAUCGAGGAAGAGCUUGUUUUUGUCCAUGACUUAUAUUACACAAGGUAUUCUUACCUUUACCAAAAGGGUCGAUACAUUGCCCUCUGUCUGCCCAUCGUCAUGCUUGGCUUAUGCUCGUGGCUCACCUAUCUGCUCGUCAAGUACUCCGAGAGUAACUCUGUGCAGGCUGCCACCUCAUUUGUAACUGUUGUCGUGGGAUUCCUGGAGGCAUGCCAGCUCUACCUGUACAUAUCCUCAGGUUGGUUCAAGGUGGCACUAAUACAGAGCUACAUAAACACACCAUUUUUGCGAAGAAGCCGUUGCCUUGAGUUGAUCAUAGGCCUUCUUUUGAGGUUGAAGGCGUUUGCACCAUGGAAACGCAAUCUUGGGCAGUACUGUAUCCUCCAGGAGGUUGGCCGCAAACAUAGGGUUAGGAAUUGUCUCCAUUAUGCUACGCUGCGCCUGCUGGACAAGGCUAGUAAGAAUGGACUUAAGAAAUCAGAAAAGGUGUCCGAAAAUGUGAAGAAAGCCAUCGUUGAUUCCCUGUUAGGAAGCAACGGCAACCUGACGAAUGGGGUAACAUCGCUGCAAAACAAUGGCGUCAAUUUUCUCUCAUGGGCAUGCGAUGCUAGUACUACUGACGGAGCGGUGGCUCGCACCAUUGUGGUCUGGCACAUUGCUACAACCCUGUGCGAGCAGAAGCUGAAUAAGCAAGCCAAAGAAGAAGACGCUGUCAAAACGGCCUCCACUUUAUCCAAGUACUGCAUGCAUCUCCUUGCUUUUGCACCUAACCUCAUGCCCGACCACAUCUUCAUAUCAGAAUCCAUACUUGAUCAGUCAAUCGACGAAGCAAGCAAGUUACUCAAAGACGCCAAGGACAAGAAGAUCAAGGGCAAGAACAAGAAGAUCGAGGGCAGGUGUGAGAUACUAAUGGAAAUUAACACCCAUGGUUGUGUUGGUGAUGAAAAAAAGCUUGUUGUGCAGGGCGUUCACCUUGCAAGGCAACUGAUUGAUAACAUACAAGACUUCAAUACACGGUGGAAGGUGCUAUCUCAUUUCUGGGCGGAGAUGAUGCUGUAUGUCUCGCCAUCCGACGAUGCUCGGGAGCACCUGGAAGUUCUUGCAAAAGGAGGGGAGUUCAUCACGCACCUUUGGGCGCUGCUCACGCAUGCCGGUGUGUUGAAGCGAGGACCUAUAGAGCCAAAGGAUGUUGUGUGAUCUGUCCAACCAGUGCACAAGUAACACUCCAUAUAUAUAUCAACCUGUGCUUGUAAGUUGUAACAUCCUAUGUAUAUUGCCUACAGUCAUGUAUACCAUGUGUGAGUUAGUCUGUCGAGUCUGUAUCUCUUUUCAUGUAUAUUGCCAAAGGAUGUUGUGUGAUCUUGUCGGAUUUUGGUCAGGGUCGGAGUCUGUAAUUUCUGCAAGUUUCGUUGAGAAGAGCGCGUGUUCAGGUUGUUGGACGUGCGCGCGCGCGUCUUAGGUUAUCCGGUGACCACAUGGCUCAGGAUCGCUAGUUAUGUUACAUAAAUAAAGGGGAAGAAAACCAAAAACGCUGCAGCUCCAUUGCAGCAUAAA